AUGGAGAUAGCGGAGAAGAUUAUGGAGGGUACAGAGGGCGCUCUGGACCUUGUCACUCGGCUGUCGGAGGAUGGGGGGGAGAGGCUGGAGGAGAGGAGGGACGAAGGGGAACGGAGGGGUGAGGGAGAGAGGCGGGGAGAGGAGAAGAAAAGGCCUGGGGCCAUUGAUGGGGGCGGGGAGGAGGGUAAGGAGGGCAAGGAGAGGGAGAAUGAGGCUGGGAAGGAGGCUGCAAGUGUGGCUAAGGAGGGUGGGAAGGAGGAGAGGGAGAGGAUAGUGGUGGACGAGGGUACGUUGGUGGAGUAUGUGGGGCAGCCGGUGUUUCAGAGCGAGCGUAUGUAUGAUGAGACGCCCGUGGGUGUGGUCAUGGGGCUGGCGUGGACUGCCAUGGGGGGUUCCACGCUCUACGUUGAAGCCACAGUGAUUGAGCAGGCAGCGGAAAGAGGCAGUCUGGAGCUGACGGGCCAGCUGGGAGACGUGAUGAGGGAGAGCGCCACCAUAGCCCAUACAGUCGCGCGGCAAAUCCUCACGCGGGCCGACCCCGGCAGCGAAUUCUUCAGAAAGACGCGCAUGCACAUGCACGUGCCGGCCGGGGCCACUCCCAAGGACGGCCCAAGUGCCGGCUGCACCAUGAUCACUGCCAUGCUGUCUCUGGCACUGGGGAGACACGUGAGAGCGGACCUUGCUAUGACGGGAGAGGUUACCUUGACUGGACGGGUGCUGCCGAUUGGAGGGGUUAAGGAGAAGACCAUAGCCGCUCGCCGCAAUGGUGUGAAGCUGCUUGUGUUCCCCAAGGCCAACCGCAAGGACUAUGAGGAGCUGCCAGAGCAUGUGAGGGAGGGGCUGGAUGCCUGGUUCGUGGAGCACUACGAUGAGAUCUUUGAGCUCGCGUUUGGACGACGGGUGGAGGAAAUGGGUGCUGCAGAGGUGGUGGCUGAUGCCGUGGCUGUUGAACCGCAGAGGGAGAAGGCUGGUGCUAUCAUUGCAUCUUGA